AUGGGACCUUCACUGCGCUCCUUCCAAAUCCAAAAAGACGCCCAAGGCAACGAAAUCCAAGUCCACAUCAGCGAAACCCCCGGUCUCAAAGCGGAAAAUCUGGGCUUGGCGACUUGGGGGAGUAGUUAUAUCCUCGCGAAUCAACUAUAUCGAUGGAAGGAGGAUGCUCUGAAGGCCAAUGAACGGACGAUCACGACCCAGAAUCAUCCGAAUGGAAAUGGCGCUGGUGAGGCUGAGAGGAUCCCUGUCCUCGAACUCGGCGCUGGCACCUCGCUCGUGGGGAUCUCAGCAGCAGCGGUUUGGGGCUUGCCGGUGAUAGUGACGGACCUGGAGCCUUUGAUGGCGGGGCUGGAGCAGAAUAUCGCUGUCAACCGGGAGUUGCUCCAGCAAGUCGGGGCGGAGGUACGUUGCGGAACUCUAGACUGGACGCACCCCUCCCGCCUGCAACUCCACAACUUCACCUCCCUCAUCGACACCUCCCGCGCCAAAGCCUCCAUCCUCCUCGCAGCCGACACCGUCUACGCCGAAGACCACCCGACCCUCCUGCGGGACGCGAUCCGGACGUGUCUGGCGCGGACCCCCGAGGCGAGGGUCGUGUUGUGUUAUGUGCUAAGGCAUAGUUAUAUUGAGAUUAUUAGGGAGUUGUGGGGGGUUUUGGAGGGGGAGGUGGGCUUGGUUUGUGUGGAGGAGGGGAGGGUGGAUGCGGAGCCGGAGAGGUGGGAUGAUGUGGCGCCUUUUGAGUGGUGUGUUUGGCGGUGGAGGGAUUUGGGGGAGGGGGAAGGGGUGGAGGGUUGA